CGACCAAUACUACAACACAAAUUUUUUUACUAAAGUUAGAGAGCCUCCAACAUGAUGAAAGGUAGUGUUCUCAUCUUCCAGGUCGCAACUGUUGCCCUUUUGGCCUUGGCUUGCUCUCUUGCCUUUGCCUUUGACCCUAGUCCUCUUCAAGACUUCUGUGUUGCAGUCGACAAGUACGAUUCUGCAGUAUUUGUGAAUGGAAAGUUCUGCAAGGAUCCAAAGGAUGUCAAAGCUGAAGACUUCUUCUUCCAGGGGCGCCUAAAUGUUGCUAGAGACACUUCAGGUAAACAGGGGUCGAAUGUCACUGCCGUUACUGUGGAACAAUUUCCAGGCCUUAACACUCUAGGUAUAUCCUUGGCUCGCAUUGACUUUGCUCCAUACGGCCAGAAUCCUCCACAUACACAUCCUCGUGCCACCGAGGUUCUAUUUGUCUUGGAGGGUACUCUUUAUGUUGGCUUUGUCACCUCCAACCAAGCUGAUGGAAAAAACCUCCUCUUCACCAAAGUUCUAAAUGCCGGAGAUGUCUUUGUAUUCCCAGUUGGUCUCGUUCAUUUCCAAUUAAAUAUUGGAAAGUCCAAUGCCAUUGCCUUUGCCGGUCUCAGCAGCCAGAAUCCAGGAGUUAUCACCAUAGCCAAUGCAAUCUUCGGAUCUGAGCCUCCCAUCAAUCCUGAUGUUCUUGCCAAGGCCUUCCAAGUAGACAAGAAUCUGGUUGAAUAUCUUCAGAAACUGUUCUGAAAAUAGAAAAAUAUAAAAUAAUAAACAUAGUUAUGAACCAUUAAACAAUUCGAAUAGACUGAAAUUUUUCAUAUAUAUUUCCUUUGAUGUAAUGUCAUUUGAAUAAUUAUAAUGAAAUAAGACAGUUCUUUACGUACUCUUCCAUUUCUUUAAUUAUUUACUCUACUUGAGUUGUGGCAUCGUACGCGCGCUUGAUGUAAAAGAAAUGAGUGUUGUAGUAAUUUUGAUCAAGUAAUAAAUUUACCCGCUAUAGUGCAUA